AUGUAUGCAGACCGCUCUCAGGAGUUUCCAAGCGUAUCUGCUGUCUGUGUGCGAUAUCUUCGCCCUGAUACCGAAGCACUGAGGUUGGGAAAUGCAUUUAUGCCCAGUUCAAUUUCAGAGAGAAUUGGGAAGGAGAUUGGUAUCACAAAGCAAAAGAUUCUAAGCCUUCUGGAGACAGCACGGCAUAAGCUAAGGAGUAACGGAUGCACCUACGAAUUAUGGGAGAGUGACUCCACUGAUGGAUGGCUCUACAACGUUGGUUCACGCGAGAAAAUCAAAGCAUACAGGUGUGGUUGCUGUUGUCCAUUGUUUCGAGCUGAAUAUUACUGCGACGACUAUCUUGCUCUGAUGCAUCAGUCUUGGUACGACAAGUCUGUUGCUGACAUGAUUGAAUGCUUCAAACGUCGGGCUUCGGACUUGAAAAAGUUGCAUAAAUGUGCAGCUGGGGUGUAUUGCCCUCUUGUUCAGGUAGUAUACUGGCUUGUAAAUGAGUCAUAUGUUACACAGAAAUCGCACCACGGUCUCUCUUUGGAUAGUUUUGAAGAUUAG